AUGUGCACAGUUCAGUAUAUGUAUGUUACAUGUUUUGUUGAAGAAAAGCGAACUUCCUGUGUUCUGAACAUUCGCCUAAUCCUUUUGUGGUCUUCAGAAUACAUUGAGGAGCUCGUGCAGACGAACGCCAAUGGAGGCAAUAAGCUGUGUGAGGGAACUUUCUUGAACCCCGGCUCAUGGGGUGCUGCGCUUCUGGCUGCUGGAACAACCUUAUCAGCUAUGAGGCACAUACUACAUGGGCAUGGCAAGAUAGCCUAUGCAUUGGUCCGUCCCCCCGGACAUCACGCACAACCGGACCAUGCCGAUGGUUACUGCUUUCUGAACAAUGCUGGGCUUGCCGUGCAUCUGACUCUGGAUUCUGGCCGCGCAAAGGUAGCCGUUGUUGAUAUUGAUGUGCACUAUGGGAAUGGCGCUGCAGAGGGAUUCUAUCGCAUGGACAACUUGUUGACAAUCUCUCUUCACAUGAACCAUGGCUCUUGGGGUCCAUCGCAUCCGCAGAGUGGCUCGUCUGAUGAGAUUGGGGAAGGCAGGGGGCUUGGGUACAAUCUCAAUAUACCUUUGCCUAAUGGUAGUGGGGAUCUAGGGUACGAAUAUGCAAUGAAUGAAUUGGUCGUCGCGGCGAUUGACAAGUUUCAACCUCAGCUUUUGGUUUUUGUCAUUGGUCAAGAUUCUAGCAUGGUGAGUUGA